GCAGAAAUGUCAGGGGACCUGGAAGCCAAGAACUGGGGCUAUACACAGAUCAGUGUUCAGAAAUUCUGCUGUGAGUGGACCAUUAGCAACUUUUCAUUUUGCAUGGGGGGAAGUAGGAAAGAGAUUACAAGCCCACUAUUCUCAUUAGAGGCAAAUGAGGAAGUGGCAUGGUGUUUGAGAGUACACCCAAAUGGGGUUGAUGAAGAAAGCAAAGAUUACCUGUCAGUUUUCCUGGAGUUGCUCAGCCACCCAGAGAGCCCAGUUUGGGCAAAGUAUGAGUUCUGGAUCAUAAAUUGCCAAGGAGAGAAAUUUCAACGUAUGAAGAGCCCCAAUGUCAAAAGCUUUCUGCAAAACGAAAAGAGGGGAUUCAAAAAGUUUAUCCUUCGAGAUCCACUCCUCUCCAAUCCGCAUUGGCUUCUCCCUAAAGACCAGCUCACCCUCUGCUGCAAGGUGAGCAUAGUUGGAGGUUUCUACAGUAUGCCUGGACAGAACAUGAAACCUGAAAUCAAGGAUUCGAGGCACAGGUGGACAGAUGACCUAGGGGAGCUGUGGAAGAAUUCCCUCUUCUCAGACUGCUGCCUGUUGGUAGAUGGCCAUGAAUUCAGGGCUCACAAGGCCAUCCUAGCAGCUCGCUCUCCAGUUUUCAGAGCCAUGUUUGAACAUGAAAUGAAGGAGAAGCUAACAAACCGCAUUGAGAUCCAUGACCUGGAUCCCCAAGUCUUCAAGGAGAUGAUGGGCUUCAUUUACACUGGGAAGAUGCCACACUUCCACAGCCACUCCAUGGCCACUGGUGUGCUGGCAGCUGCUGACAAGUAUGGCCUGGAGGACUUGAUGGCCAUGUGUGAGGAUGCCCUCUGCAGGAACUUCUCUGUGGAGAAUGCAGCAUACACUCUCAUCCUGGCUGACCUCCACAGCAGAAACCACCUGAAGACUCAGGCCCUGGAUUUCAUUUCACUUCAUGCUUCUGAGGUCUCUGAGACCUCAGGGUGGAAGUCAAUGGUGAAGUCACAUCCCCACUUGGUGGCUGAAGCGUUCCACUUCCUGGCUUCUGCACAGUGUCCUUUCUUGGAGGCUAAAGUCCACACAGGAACUAGCCAGCUAUGAUCUACAUCUCUCUUCCAACAGCAACAACCAGUGAGGUUAACAACGACUUCUGAUUGGAGAAUGGUAUUUUGGGAGCAUUUAUACUGAAUCUGGGGAAGGCAGCAUGGUAGCUCAGGGUUUGAAACAGCUGUAAUAUGUGAGAAUGACUG